CUUGCGCCUAGCAACCCGAGCGCCCCGAGGCCCCAGUCCCAGCCCACACGCCCAGCGGCUGCGCGGGGGUGCAGAGUCCGAGCAGGCCGCGCUUCUCCUCCCCCUCCUCCAGCUGGCCGCAAGUGCCAGGUGUGGCGCUCCCGAGGUGCGCGGGCAUCGACGGAACAGGUGACAGUGGCCCCUGACAUUUAUGGGAUCACAGACCAAGAAAGUCCUGCUAACCCCCCUCAUGCACUCAGCUCGCCCUUUCCGGGUCUCCAACCAUGACAGAAGCAGCCGGCGAGGGGUGAUGGCCAACAGUCUGAAGGAGCUUCUUAGCAAGACCCUGGAUGCCUUAGUUAUCACCAGCGGACUGGUCACUUUGGUGCUGGAGGAAGACGGAACCGUGGUGGAUACGGAAGAGUUCUUUCAGACCUUAGGAGACAACACACAUUUCAUGAUCUUGGAGAAAGGGCAGAGGUGGACACCGGGUGGUAACCACGUCCCAGCCCGCCAGCAGCCAAAGAAAUCAGGAAUAGCAAGAGUCACCUUCGACUUGUACAAGCUGAAUCCCAAGGAUGUCAUUGGCUGCCUCAACGUGAAGGCCACCAUGUAUGAGAUGUAUUCGGUGUCCUACGACAUCCGGUGUACGGGAGUCAAAGCCCUGCUGAGGAGCCUGCUGCGGGUCCUGUCCCACGCCGCCCAGGUGACCGGACAGUUGCUCAUCUACAUCGGCACGUACAUGCUCCAAGUGCUGGGUGACAUGGACGAGCAGAGCCCUCCCCGGUCACACUCCAGACGUGGGUUCACAAGUGGAUAAGGAUGCACGCUGCAGGGGACCCAGCCGGCUCUCGACCCAAAUAUUCGCUCUCAGAUGAUGAAUUUUGAAGAUGCUUCUGUUCUAAACCACGGGCACUUGCACAACGCCUGUCACUUGUACUGGGGGGUGGCACGCAGGGGAAGGAGGAGGGGUGGAGGCACACGAAAUGGGGGCUGCAGGAGGGGACGCCCUGAGGGGAGGAGAUUCGUAGGGGCCUCCGUGGGGACAGGAAGGACCAAAGGGCAGGCUAGUGUGGUGGCCCGGAGCCGCACAAACCUGUGUUAGGCCUCUCAGCUCCUCACCUCCUGCAAUAAACCGAUCGAUCGCAAGAGCUACUUUUAA